AUGCCAAAACUAAGAAGAAAUUUCAGCGCCGGCUUCGCAAGGAGGUUGCACAAGAGGAAGACCGGCGCUGCAAAGGUGCAAAGUGUUAAAAGUUUGGAAUACAAAGGAUUUGUUCGGCCAACGACUUUACUUGUUGGUGGUACGGACUACUUCUUGGAGGUUGUGCGAUCUGCAUGGGGAAGACGGAUGCUUAGACCACCUGUUGGAUAUGACAUUGUGAUGUUAGGGGACUUAGAUCCAGUGACAAUGAAUCUGGUUGCCCAAACUCAGUUUGCUCCGUUGCCAGAAGCGUUGUGCAAAGUUGUGUAUGACUUGACUUCUGAAGGCAUAACUGCAUCCAUGUCAGUCAUUAGUAAGAGACUGAAGACAUCUUUUCCAGAAAUAAUGGUUCCUUCGGAUGACAUCUUGUACAAAACUCUUGGGACUUUGAUCCGAGAACGGAAGUUGUACCACACUGGAUCAGGUUAUUCCGUCGUCACACCGGACACUUUUCGAUUGCUAGCGAUGUCUCCUCCCUUGGAACGGCAAAUGCUCCUCACCAACGAAGAAGCCAUCGUUCGAUUGCACGGUGCGGCCUACGCAGACGACGACGGCAGAGCUGCUUGUACUCAGACGCAGCAGCAAGACAUGCUCACAGCCUGGUCUUCGGCAGAAAGAAUCCUUGAGCCGAGAAAGCAAGGAAAGUUGAAACGAUGCCAUUCGUUAAAACUUCUAAGAAGUCGUGAUAAAGAGAAAUUGUCCAGAAGCAAUUCUUUUAAAUCAACAGGUACAAGUCCAGGACCAAAUGGAACGUUUAGUGAAGGAAAGACUGAUGUUGAGAAUGUUGAUCCAACGAAAAAAGAGAAAUCGCCAUCGAUGUUUAGCAAACUAUUCCGGCGCGGGCGUUCGAGUCGAGUCAAAUCAAAAACAACUACGUCAUCGACGACUCAAUUCCCACCCCGGGACUGGGGCGAUCCCGAUUAUGUCCACUUCAAUUCCAGAGCUACUCAAACACUUGAAAAAAAUGAAGGAGAGCGAAGGAUAAAAGGCCGAUCAAGCAGCCUAAACAGGACAUCUAGCAAGGAUCGUCAUUCUCAAAACCUAUCAUACACCCCAGCCACUCCCCGUGUAGUCCAUCGGAACAGCAGCCGUCAUCCACAGUCAUCGGAAGUGUAUCACUAUAGGUCCUCCAGUCUCUCACGGAAACCAUCACCUUCGCCAAAGAGGGAAAUUCGCCAACCACCAGUAGAGAAUCCGUCUCCUAGAAUACCUAACGGUUAUCAGAACUCUAAUUUCAAGAAUACGCCACAAGAAGUGAAGCCAAGACCUAGGUAUGAAUCUUCCUUCAGUCCAUUUUCAUCAAGGCGAAAAACUCAGUCUCUGCUCAUGGCUAGUGAUAAGUACGGAAACAUUCAAAAUGGAUUCAACAACCAGCAAGGCAUGGACGCUGUGAGAAAUGCCGCGCGUGAAGCUCGUGAUGCGAGUUCCAGCAUUCAAAACGAAGCAAGUAGCUUAUUAAAUGGCAGUUUUGAGCAUCCGAACGGAACGUCUACCUUGAGAAAUGGUUGCUCCAAUCACAAAGGGGAAAAUUCUGUUUUUCAAAAUGGCACUUCCACCUUUCAAACAGCAAGAAACGGUGUUCAGAACGGGAAUUCAAGCUUUCGCAUUGGGAGUUCUGCUAUUCGAAAAGAAGCGGUGUCACCAUAUCAGUCGACGGAUGUGACCAGACCUUCCUUCAUCAACAGUAAAUUACCCGCUUUUGCACCCUCUCCAGAAAAGAAAAAAGAAUCACUUUUUGAAUGGAGGCGACCUACGUCUUUUAUUUCAACCUUUAAUUCUCCAUCAAUGCUCAAUGCUUCCGAACCUCCUAAACCACCUCCAGCGCGGGUGAUACCACGCUUGCCAUCAAUGCCAAAAGAAAGUUCAAGUAUUCCUCUUUCCAAAACUAUUCCGCCCACUCAGCCUGCGUCUAAGACUAUUGUGAAUGACUUUAAAAGAACAGAAACUUUGACCAAAACGUUUCCCAAUAACGGGAAGGAAUUGAGGCUCGGCGCUACUGUUGAUGUCGAGAUAAGUGUGGCAAACAGUCUAACUCCUCAGAAGAAAACACUUCUGAUGACGGAUAUAGACAACCCUGUUAAGAACGACUUGCUGAAGAUCGCUACCACUUGGAAUCAUUCCUUCAGAACGAACAACACUAAGGCAAAAGACGAUCUGAAGGACAAAGUCACUACAGGCAUCCCUAAACUCACGUCAACGACGAAUAUAACCACAAGUGUAACACGUGGUCCAGUCAAAGACACUCAUAUACUAAAUAAGACUGAAGAGCUACUGGCCAGCGCAAAAAGGCAAAGUAGCCCACUUCUUCAAAGAACGACCAUUGUGAACUGCAACAGUGGCAGGGACUCUCCAGGGAAGGACACUGUUUGUAGUAGUUCACCCAGAUCGACUUUGACAGCUGAUGCAAAGUCAGAGUUCUUUUCUGAGUCGCCAAAUACUACAGCUGAAGUCCAUCUUUCGAAGGAUGACAGUGGGUUCUCUUCAUCAGCAUCGACUUCAAGACCCAUGAGCGUCAGUCCUUGCUGAAGAUCAGCGAACUUGAUUUCGCUGUUUCUGUCUCAUAUGUUUCGAAUUCUUUUUAAACCCGAGUCAAAAAUCCACAAAAUUUCCUUCAAGCGUAUCAGAAAUCGU